CUAACAUUUCCCUUACAAGAAGUGUAUAGAUAUUGGCAUGUGCAAAAUCAAGGCAAGGUUAGUAUGUUUAAUCGGAUACAUUAGCCCGCAUUUAUCUCGUGCCUAUUUCAUUUUCUCUUUCCAUUUCUACUAUAUUCCUUUCAGCGUCAAGCCGUCAACAGAUCCUAUCAACAAAAUCAAAAUGCAUUGAGAAGAGAAACAAGCUAUGGCUAUUCAUCCGCAGCUCCAUCGCAAAGUCAAAUAUUGACUCAUAUUUUGAUUACACAGAUUCAUUUUGACCUAUAUUCAUUGUUCCUUCGUUUUCGUGUCCGAUGUUGAUGAUGUUCAUCUAACAAUAAACCCGAAAAUAUAGAAAAUAGAAAAAGAAUCGAUUUUUGUUGUUUUGUUUUCCCCUUUCCUUAAAAAUAGAGAGAGAUGGGGCUCCAAGAAAAUGGGAAGGGGUCUGUGAGAAAGUACAGAAGCAUGGACGAGGAUGUUUCUGUAUCACAUCCAUUCCAAGAAAAUGGGAGCAUCAGAAAUAGGAGGAGCAGCAGCAGCAACUAUGUCAUGGCCUGCGCGAUCUUCGCCUCUCUCAAUUCCGUGCUUCUUGGCUACGAUGUGGGGGUAAUGAGUGGAGCCAUUUUGUUCAUUCAAGAGGACUUAAAGAUCAGUGAAGUUCAAGAAGAAGUUUUUGUUGGAAUCCUAAGCAUCAUAUCUCUGCUAGGAAGCCUAGCAGGGGGUAAAACAUCGGAUGCAAUUGGUCGUAAAUGGACAAUCGCGUUUGCAGCCAUCGUGUUCCAAUCAGGUGCCGGCGUAAUGGCUCUUGCUUCAUCUUUCACCGUGUUGAUGAUGGGGAGGCUCCUAGCAGGAAUAGGGAUCGGCUUCGGGGUCAUGAUCACACCUGUUUACAUUGCAGAGAUAGCCCCUACUGUCACAAGAGGAUCCCUCACUUCCUUCCCUGAAAUCUUCACCAAUUUAGGCAUCCUCCUCGGUUACAUCUCCAACUACGCCUUUUCUGGACUACCUGCCCACAUAAACUGGAGGAUCAUGCUUGCUGUGGGGAUUAUCCCUUCUAUUUUCAUUGGUGGCGCCUUGUUUGUCAUCCCCGAGUCACCAAGGUGGCUCGUCAUGCAGAAUCGGAUUGAUGAGGCCCGCAACGUUCUGUUGAAGACCAACGACAACGCUGGUGAAGUUGAGGGGAAGCUGGCAGAGAUACAAGAAGCUGCAAAGUUCAUGACCAAGGACAGGUCUGAGGAGAAGGCCGUGUGGCGUGAGAUGCUAAAUCCCACUCCGGGGGUUAGAAGAAUGCUGAUCACCGGGUGUGGGAUUCAGAUAUUCCAACAGAUAACGGGGAUUGAUGCAACGGUAUACUACAGCCCCACCAUCUUCAAGAAUGCUGGGAUCAAAGGCAACACUCAGCUUCUGGCUGCAACUGUUGCUGUUGGCUUCACAAAGACAAUAUUCAUCUUGAUCGCCAUAUUUCUCAUCGACAAAGCUGGUAGGAAGCCACUGCUCUACGUGAGCACCGUUGGGAUGACUGUUUGCUUGCUCACAUUAGGCCUAACUCUGUCUACCACGGGCAACAGCGAGUUUGGCAUUGCACUGGCGAUCCUCUGUGUGUGUGGGAAUGUUGCUUUCUUCUCCGUUGGGAUUGGCCCUAUAUGUUGGGUAGUCUCAUCCGAGAUCUUCCCUCUGAAGCUCCGGGCUCAGGCAUCCGCCAUUGGGUCCGUGGGGAGCAGGGUGAGCAGCGGCGUCAUUGCAAUGUCUUUCCUGUCAGUCAACCAUGCUAUAACAGUGGGAGGCACAUUUAUGGUGUUUGCAGCAAUUUCAGCUCUUUCUGUUGCGUUUGUUUACAAGUAUGUUCCAGAAACGAAGGGCAAGUCGUUGGAGCAGAUCGAGAUGCUCUUCCAGAACGACAGUUAUUGGGAACACGGCCAAGUGGAGCUCGAAGAUGUGCAGCAUCUCAUACCAAACGAGUAAUUAAUAUAAAGCAUUGAGUGUUUGCUCCAACAUAUAUAGUUUUUAAAUUUUACUUGUAUUAAACUCCACAUUCGUCUGAAUCAUACUGGAAUGCAACAUUCUUUUUCCUUGUA